CCAGGCUGCCUGCGGUGCACCUUACCCGCGGCUGCUGAACCCCUGCAUUUGCCUGGUUUUUGAAGGCACAGACUCAGCCCAGACCCAGAGGUUGGGUGUGCACGUGGCUGGCCAGGAGCUGAGGUUGAGCGCACCCUCCCAGUGACCAGAAGUUAAACUCUGGGAUGUGCACAUGAUAAUGGACAACAAGGAUCUGGAAGCUGAGAUCCACCCUUUGAAGAAUGAGGACAAAAACGCCCAGGAAAACCCGGGAAAGCGAGUGAAGAACGGAGAGGACUUGAGAAGCUCGCCCGCCCAGUCCCGGCUCUCCCGAUGCCGGGCGGCCGCCUUCUUCCUCUCCCUGUUUCUCUGCCUUUUUGUGGUGUUCGUCGUCUCCUUCAUCAUCCCGUGUCCCGACCGACCUGUGUCGCAGCGGAUGUGGCGGGUCGACUACAACGCGGCAGUUACCUAUGACUUUCUGGCCAUGGAAGACGUGAAUCGGGACAGGACCCAGGAUGUUCUCUUCCUGUAUAAGAGUGCCGACGGUGGGAGCCACGCCAACUGGUCCUGCACUGACGAAGGAUCGUCUGCCUGUGCUUUUGUGGCUGCAGUGUCCGGGGCCAACGGCAGCAUGCUGUGGGAGAGGCCUGUGGCCCCCGACGUGGCCCUCGCAGAGUGUGCCAUUCCCCAGCGCACGGACAGCGAGGCCUCUUCUGCCUGCGUCCUUGUGGGCAGGCCUGGUACCUUCAUCGCAGUCGAUGUGUUCACAGGGGAGACGCUGUGGAGCCACCCGAGCGGCAUCGGCAGCAACGCCUCCAUCUUGAGGCCACUGCUCCGGGUGCCUGACGUCGAUGGCGACGGGGCCCUGGACCUGCUGAUCCUCGCCCAGGAGGGAACGGAGGUGCACGGCUACAUCUACUCGGGCAGCACUGGCCACCAGAUCGGCGACAGAGGCAGCCUCGGGGUGGACGGAGGCAGCAGCCCCCUCCUGCACGUCACCAGGACGGGCGCGCACUACAUCCUCCUCCCCUGCGCAAACUCCCUCUGUGGCUGCUCUGUGAAGGGCCUCUACGAGAAGGUGGCUGGGAGAGAGGGCCCGUUUCAGAAGGACCCGCUCUGGGAGAGCCUGCUGGACACCACCACUCACAGGGUGCUGUCGCACAGCGCUGGAGCUGUCCGCCACCUGAUGAGCGUCCCCGGGAGAGCUGGCCAGGACGUGCUCCUCGUGGGAUCUGAGGCCUGCGUGCUGCUGGACGGGCAGGAGCUCACAGCCCGGUGGACGCUUGGCGCGGCCCAGGUCCUGAGAAAACCCAUCCUUGGCCACUAUAAACCGGAUGCCUUGGCCGUGGUCAUCGAGAACGGAACUGGCAUUGACAGACAGAUCCUACUCCUAGACCUCAGCACAGGGAACACCCUCUGGAGCCAAGCUCUGCCAAGCCUCCCUGGGGGGCCGCCUUCCACAAGCCUGCCCACUGCAGACCACCGCUCCGCCUUCUUCUUCUGGGGCCUCCACGAGCCAGACAGCGCGAACGAGACGGGGUCUGGAGCCAGCCGGCACAGUCUGUACAUGUUCCACCCCACGCUGCCCCGUGUGCUGCUGGAGCUGGCCAACGUCUCUGCCAACAUCGUCGCCUCUGAUGUGGUCCUGUUCGAGCCGAGCCGCCAUGCUGCGUACGUCCUCCUGACGGGCCCAGCCAGCUCGGACAGGCCCGGCCUGGUGUCUGUGACCAAACACAAGGUGCGGGACCUCGUCCCUGGCAGCAGAGUGGUCCGGCUGGGGGAGGGUGGGCCGGACAGUGACCAGGCCGUCAAGGACCGGUUCUCCCAGCUGCGGUACCGGAGUGAAGCCUAGGGGGCGUCAGCUGGAGCUCGUAGGAGACACGGCUGCAGCCGCUGCCGGCCCUUCCCUCCGUCUGCUCGCCGACUCCUACGGCCUCCAGGGAGCCGGGACCUUGCGGGGCCCCGGAGGUGCGUGCCUGGGCGAGGGCUCUCGCUGCGUGCCCUGUUUGCCUCACUGUGGUGUCCCACGUCCACUUGGGGCAGAGCAUGGCCCCUGGUGCCCUCACCUUCCUGGCUGCCCCUCAGGAAAGCGGCCAGGACCUGUGCUCCCCAAGUCUCCCUGCAGGAGCCCCCUCCUCUCCUCUGCACUGUCGCACGGGGUGGCCACGGGGUGGCUUGGGGCAGCUGCAGCCCUUCCAGCUUGGUGGGCGGACCCUGGGGCACCUGUGGCCUGGCCCAGGCAGAGCAGGGAUCUGCCCCGGCCCGUGAGGCUGGCUGCUGCUGUGUCCUAAGGAACCGGCCCCCGGCCCUCGGUCCACACUGGAGCUGGGCGUCCUCACGAGGCCCCAGUGCCCCUGGCCUGGUGAGUGCCUCCCCCACCCCGGCGUCCACCUGACACGCCACUCACCUCUGUGCCUUGCUGCCCGAGGCCUCAGGGCAGCUGAUGGCUCUGUGUGGCUCGGCGCCGCCCGGACAGCAGAGCACUCGCUUUGUAGCCAAAGCAGCCGUCACCACAGGAAACCAGAAUAAACGACUUGCACUGUGUGAAAA